UUGAAGUCGUCAUAGUUUGUGCUGGAGUUGUCGCUUCAUUGGGACGAUAAGCAACUGUGAUUAGUUAAUUUACUCGUUGCGUUCGCCGUGAACAGACGUGUGCGUCGCAGUCGUGUGUAGUAAAGCAAAGAAAGCAAACAAGCAAGCAAGUCAAGAAGAAGCAGCGAUGCAAGUAGAAGAAAAAAAAACGGAGUAGCAAACGUGUUUUCUUCUUUGGCUAAGAAACAAGUGUUUUGACUAGAAGCGAAUUGAACUUCAACUGAAAACGUGAACGCCUACGGAAUUGGGCGAGGCAAAAACAAAACCAAAAAAAAAAAUCAAGUGUUACAAGUGACAAGUGCGCGAGCUAAAAGAAAGCAGGAAUAUUAACAAUUUAAAUAAACAAAAUUGAGAAAAAAAAUUAUUUAGAUAAUUUUGUGAAUACACUGAUUUAUUUCAUGCAAGUGUGACAAUUUUUUGAAUCCUACAAAGUAAAUGCAAAAACUUAAUUUUCAAAUAUUCAAAAAGUUGUGAAAUCCCUCACCCGCGUUCCUGCCACGUCAACGUACGUGCAACCAAAAUCGCCACGGCACUACCAAUGGCCCUAGAGGAUCGCUGCAGUCCGCAAUCUGCACCAAGUCCGCCUGGCCUACCGCAAUCGCCACACCAGCACCGCCUGCAGCAGCACCACCAGCAGCAGCAGCAGCAGCAAUCACACCACUCGCAAUAUAGCCUCAGCCCCACAGCCAAUACCGUGCUGGACAUGAGCCUACAUCCACAUCCGCCACCGCCACCUCCACCACACAUAGCCGCCGCGCCUGCCACUGCCACAAUGCUGCCACAUCCUGUGUCGCAAGUCGCCACCAAUGCAGCCGCCGCUGCCACACUCUAUCAUCAACACCAGCAGCUCCAACAUUUGCAUCACCUACAACAACUGCAGCAGCUGCAUCAACAACAGCUGGUCAAUGUCGCCGCCUUCCAUCAUCAUCCUGGCGGCUUUGAUGCGGCCACCGCGUUGGCCGCCGCCAACCAUGCCGCCUCACUGCACCAGCGGUUGGUCGCCUCCCCAGGCGGCUCCUCCACGCCCUCAUCCACACCUGCCUCCACAAUGACGAUCAAGGAAGAGGAGAGUGACUCCAUCAUGGGUGAUAGUUUUCAUGCGGAUGCCGAAACGGCGACGCCUAGCAGCAGCGCACAAGCGCGCGGCCACACCACAGAAGAUGAGGAUGCGGAAGAGGAAGGCGAGGACGAUGAAGAGGACGAUAUCGAUGUGGAUGAUGUAGAUGAUGCGCCUAGCGGCGUACACCAACGCACGCCACCACCCGCACAUCAGCAAUCCGCCAAGCCAACACUCGCCUUUUCGAUCUCCAAUAUACUUAGCGAUCGCUUUGGCGGCAGCGAGCCGGGCAGCCGCAGUUCCAACGGCCCGCACAUGCAGAGCACAGCGGCGCCCAAGCAAGCGCACUUGCAUACAAAUAGCAUUUUUAGGCCCUUCGAUGCCGCGCGCUCUGCCACACCCUCCGCCUUCACGCGUGUCGACCUGCUGGAGCUGAGUCGACAGCAGCAGGCAGCUGCCGCCGCCGCCACCGCCGCUAUGAUGCUGGAGCGCGCUAACUUUUUGAAUUGCUUCAAUCCCGCCGCGUAUCCACGCAUACACGAGGAGAUCGUCAACAGUCGCAUGCGACGCAGUGGCGUGCUGCCACCGGCUGUUGUGAAGUGCAACGAAAAUGGAACGAUUGGCACAGCAGAGCUUUCACCAGCUGCCGUCGGCACGGUGGGCGCCGCAAUGGAAAAGUCUGCUUUGGGUUCGCUCUGCAAAGCGGUCUCGCAAAUAGGCCAAACUGUGGCGGCACCAGCCUGCUCCAGCGCCUCCUCCGCGACAAGCGCGUCAAGCAUUGCCAGUCCGCCACCUGCUUCCAAUGCGUCGUGCACAUCCUCCUCAGCCUCAUCGUCCACGUCGGCGGGCAGUUCGCUAAAUUGUUCACCCACCAGCCGCCUGCCCAGCAAAAGCAGCAGUCCCCAGCCAAUACCGCCACCGUCGGCUGUCAGCCGUGACUCGGGCAUGGAGUCCUCGGAUGAUACGCGCUCCGAAACGGGCUCCACCACAACCGAGGGCGGCAAGAGUGAAAUGUGGCCAGCGUGGGUGUACUGUACGCGCUACAGCGAUCGACCCAGUUCGGGUGAGU